UUAAAGACGCGAAGACCGCUGCCGUGACGCUUCGGCCGGUUCCCUCCUUCCCUUCCAACGCUCGCCUCCCUUUCCCCGGCGGCGCCGCGGCGCUCCGGUGGGAGUCCGAAGGCCUCCAGAGCUCACGUAUCGACCACCGGUGGAGCUCGGAGAGGCAGGGCGGGGAUGGGUCAGGGACUGAGCUGCGCCAGCUCGAGCUACGACCAUGACUUCUUCACCGCAGUCCAAGCCGGCGACUUGCAGGCGGUGGACUCCUCCCUGAAGGACGACCCGUCACUGCUUCUCCGGACCACCAUCUACGACCGCCUAUCCGCGCUCCACAUCGCCGCCGCCAAUGGCCGCGUUGAGGUUUUGUCUAUGAUCUUGGAUCGAUCUGUUAGCCCCGAUGUCUUGAAUCGAGAUAAACAGACCCCAUUGAUGCUGGCCGCGAUGCAUGGAAAGAUCGAGUGCGUGCAGAAGCUACUCGAUUCCGGAGCAAAUAUCUUGAUGUUCGAUUCGGUAAAUGGAAGAACUUGCCUCCAUCAUGCUGCUUAUUAUGGUCAUUCCGAUUGUCUGCGAGCAAUUCUGUCGGCUGCCAAAUCCACACAUGUUGCAAGUUCUUGGGGAUUUGCCCGGUUUGUAAACGUGAGUGAUGGCACCGGAGCGACGCCGUUGCACCUCGCGGCGAGGCAAAAAAGGCCCAGCUGCGUCCAUAUUCUGGUAGACAAUGGCGCUCUCGUCUGUGCUUCGACUGGCCGAUAUGGCUUUCCUGGGAGCACCCCUCUGCAUUUGGCAGCUCGGGGGGGAAGCUUGGAUUGCAUCAGGGAGUUGCUUGCACGCGGUGCUGAUCGGCUUCAACGGGAUUCAUCUGGGAGAAUGCCGUAUGAGGUUGCACUGAAGCAGAAUCAUGGAGAAUGUGCAGCUCUAUUGAACCCAUCUGCAGCAGAUCCUCUGGUUUGGCCUUCUGCACUGAAGUUCAUCAGUGAACUUGAUUCAGAGACGAAGGCUCUGCUGGAGGCAGCUCUGAUGGAGGGUAACAGGGAAAGGGAAAUGAAGAUCUUGAAAGGAACUACAGAUUCGUUGACAUCUCCUGCACAUUCAGAUAAAGCAUUUGAUGAUGAUGUUUCUGAGGGGAGUGAUGCAGAGUUCUGUUCCAUCUGCUUCGACCGGGUUUGCACCAUCGAGGUCCAAGACUGCCGGCAUCAGAUGUGUGCCCAAUGCACACUGGCCGUGUGCUGCCACAGCAAGCCAAACCCCACAACCUUGUUCUUGCCUUCACCGGCCUGCCCCUUCUGCCGCAGCAGCAUAUCUCGGCUGGUAACCACCAAGGCCAGGGACACCGGAGACCAGAACACCACCUCAAAGCCAAGGAGGUUCCGGCAUUGCAGCAGCGAGGGCAGUAGUAGCUUCAAAGGUCUGUCUUCAGCUGUGGGAUCAUUUGGACUGAUGGGCUGUGGCUCAGGUAGAAUAACUGAUAGCAGUGACAUGGUAGACAAGCUGUAGAACAUACAGUGCAGUUCAUAUGGCUACUGGCCACAACCAGGAAUGCUAAACAAAAAUAAGGUUUUGGGUAUCAAACUACAUGAUCUUGAUGCAGGUGCAGAUUCUUGUGCUCUGACAUCAAAGGAGAACAUAGUUAAACAGUCCUUUGACAUUAUAUAUAUAUAUAUAUAUAUAUAGGGAUGAUGUCAUCUCUUCUGAAGGACAGUGGAGGUGAAUUUUCUUAUCCUACAACUCAUCAAUGUCCUUCAAGAGGGGGGAAGAAGCUGCAGCCUGAAUGUCUGAUUUGAAUCAUGGUGAUGCAAUGUACAUGGGCACACUGAUUGACAAGGGAGACUUUUGGGUUUUGGGUAUCAAUGUGCAUGGGCACAGUGAUUCAGAAGAGAGUGUUUUUGGGUAUUAGCCAUCAUGUGACUGCCUGCCAUGUGAUUGAUUAUGGGGAUGGGCUCCAUUUGGUCAGUACUCUCCUUUUAAUUAUGCAAGCUUCUUGUCAGUGGUCACAUCCCUGUUUCAAGCCUAGUGUUACCAGCUGCUGAGGUGAGAUUGUACUGUGGAUUCCCUUGUUGUGAGUACAUGGAUUCUGUAUGGGGACAAACUGCUGUGGAAAAGCUAAAGAUGCAUCUCUUGUUUGGAGAGCAUGUCUCCCAUCAA